UAUCGUGGUCAUUUCAGCGUGACGUAAACCGGUGGCCGUUUUUCUCCUUGUAGGAUUACUGCUGCAGCUCACACAAUAACUGAAGCUUUCUUCUGAGGCUGCAGCCAAGCAGACAUACGUUGUCUUCAAUGGAGAGCAAGAAGAAAAGGUUCAUCCAACACAUGAACUACAGAAGUCUACAAGUAGAAAAGAUGAAAAGCAAACAAAACUUAUAUCAGAGUAUCCUGGAUCGCCUGAAUGCUGGCGAGGUGAUUGUAGGAGAUGGAGGUUAUGUAUUGCAGCUAGAGCGACGUGGUUAUGUGAAGGCGGGACACUGGACACCUGAAGCUGCUGUUGAACAUCCUGAAGCAGUGCGGCAGCUGCACAGGGAGUUCCUACGAGCAGGAGCCAAUGUGCUGCAGACAUUCACCUUCUACUGCAGUGAGGAUAAGCUGGAGAUCAGUGGCAAUGUCACCAACAUCACUGGAGCGCAGAUCAAUGAGGCGGCCUGCAACCUGGCCAGAGAGGUCGCCGAUGAGGGUGACGCACUGGUCGCUGGGUGUGUGUCUAAGACUCCCUGUUAUGAGAAGACUCACAGUGAGGCUGAUGUCAAGGCCAUCUUUAAGAAACAGAUGGAUGACUUCCUCAAGAAGGACAUUGAUUUCUUUAUAGUGGAGUUUGUUAAUUGUGUACAAGAGGGAGCAUGGGCAGUGGAGGUGCUGAAGACCAGUGGUAAACCAGUGGGAGCAACACUGUGCAUCUCACCUCAUGGAGACAUGGAAGGAGUCCCGCCUGGAGAGUGCGCUGUCAGGCUGGUCAAAGCUGGAGCUGACAUUGUCGGAAUAAAUUGCCACUUGGACCCUCUGACAUGCGUUCGUACAGUGAAGUUGAUGAAGGAGGGAUUAGAGAAAGCUGGUCUUAAAGCCCACCUCAUGAUCCAGCCGCUGGGCUUUCACACACCAGAGUGCAACCUCGGUGGAUACACCAGCCUCCCUGAGUACCCCUUCGCGCUGGAGACCAGAGCAAUGACCCGUUGGGACAUUCAUAAAUAUGCCAGAGAGGCUUACGAUGCUGGGAUUCGCUACAUCGGAGGCUGCUGUGGUUUUGAGCCGUACCACAUCAGAGCUGUGGCAGAAGAGCUGGCCGCAGAGAGAGGAUUCCUCCCACCAGCUUCAGAAAAACACGGACUCUGGGGGGCUGCUCUGGAGAUGCACACUAAAUCCUGGGUCAGAGCCAGGGCUCGUCGAGAGUACUGGGAAAACCUUUUGCCUGCUUCUGGACGUCCCAAAUGUCCUUCCAUGGCCACACCAGCCGAUGAUUAUGAAAAACGGCUGCAAUCCAACAAACAAACAUGAUCGCCUGUAUUCAUUAUAUGUGUGAUCGGAUUAUCCACAUUUUUUUUCAUAUCAAGACUGUCAAUCAAGGAUCUCAUCAAUAAUUUCUUCGUUUGCAGCCUGUUCAAGUGUCUCGGCAUACCGUUACUCCUUCCUUCUUUUUUCUGUACUGUUCCUAAACCUACAAACAAAGUUUACAUAAAAAGGGAGAACAACUUUUUACUAGUUAAUACAGCUGUGAAACAUUUCCAUAGACAUGUCAUAUUUGUUGACUGACUGUUGUAAUUUGUUGCUAAAUAUAAUUUUCACGUAUUAAAUAAAAAAAAAUUUUCA